UCGUUGGGGUCAUUGUAAGUAGUAAGGCAGCUACUUACCAGGUGCUUCUGAUUUUCAUAAAAUUAUCUUGAGGGAAAACAAGUGAUCAGGCUUUCCUGGGAACUGGGUGAUAAUGUCAGAAUCUUCCAGUCCAGAGAAAGCUCAGACUUGCCUAGAUGAACAUUUCCCCCCUCCGCCCCGCCCCAAAGGCAGAAACUUGUUAUUUUAGGGUUCCAACCUCAUCCCCUUUAUCAUUUUUCUUUGACUAUCAGCUCCCAGUGGGAAUGGCUCUGUACCACACGUGAUGGGGUUUACCCAGCUUUAAACAGCCCCCUGCUUGUCUGGAUCUGCCUGCUUCCCGCCCACACAUUCCCCUCUCCUGCCCACAUGUGCCCGUGCGCAGGUGCACACAGGCCUUAGUGGGCUGUGUUCGGGCACCCUGCUGCAAACUCCACCACUUGAAGCCUGCUUGUUGCCCGUGUGGCCAGAGGAGGCGCCUUCCUGGAUUCUCAUGAGAGCACUGUAUGGGCUUCCCCAGCAGCGGGCUGCCUCCAGAGACAGGAGACCCACAGACUCUCACCGCCUGAGACAGACACCAUAUCUGAUUCAUUGACAAGACCACAAUCUGAUUCCAAAGAUGUGUUCCACAAACCCAGGCAACUGGGUCACAUUUGAUGAUGACCCUGCUUUUCAAUCUUCUCAAAAGUCAAAGAAUUUACCUCUGGAGAAUCAAGGCAUUUGUAGGCCAAAUGGACUUAAGCUGAACCUCUCUGGUGCUAAGGAGUUUCCCAGUGGAUCUUCCUCUGCCAGCAAUACCCCCCUCUCCUCUCCCAUCAUAGACUUUUACUUUAGUCCAGGACCUCCAAGUAACUCUCCUCUUUCUACACCUACGAAGGACUUCCCAGGUAUUCCUGGCAUCCCCAAAGCAGGGACUCAUAUGCUUUAUCCUAUCCCAGAAUCAUCCUCAAACAGUCCACUUACAAUAUCAGGAGCAGGCUCUUCCUUAUUGCCUAGCAAACCAACUUGUUUAUCCCAUGCUUCCUUACCCAGUGACCACUCAUGUACACAUCCAGCUCCCAAAGUGGGUCUUCUGGAAGAAGUUAGCCCUCCCCAGGCUGAAAGCCUAGGGUUUCAAAGUGAUACUCCCCAGUUUCAGUAUUUUCGGGAGGACUGUGCUUUUUCAAGUCCAUUUUGGAAAGAUGAAGGCAGUGCUUCCCAGUUCAUCUUUGACCCUCCAGGAAGCAGAAAGGCUUACCCACCAAGAGACAAAGAGAUGCCUAUCGAUCAAAAAAGCUUAAAUCAGUGUUCACUCAACUAUAUCUGUGAGAAGCUUGAACAUCUUCAAUCAGCUGAGAACCAAGACUCAUAUGGAAAUUUGUCUAUGCAGUCUCUGUAUGGUGAAGACACUGCCUCUUCCUUUGUCCCCGCCAUGCUCUUCAGGAGUCAGCCAAAACCCGGAUGGUCUUUUAUGUUGAGAAUUCCCGAGAAGAAGAACAUGAUGUCUUCCCGUCAGUGGGGACCAAUUUUUCUAAAAGUCUUACCUGGAGGAAUUUUGCAAAUGUAUUAUGAGAAGGGGUUAGAAAAACCAUUUAAGGAGUUACAGCUCGAUCCACAUUGCAGGCUUUCUGAACCAAAAGUUGAGAACUGUAGUGUGGCAGGAAAAAUCCAUACUGUGAAGAUUGAACAUGUGUCUUACACAGAAAAAAGGAAAUACCAUUCUAAGACAGAAGUAGUUCAUGAACCAGACAUCGAACAGAUGCUGAAGUUGGGGUCCACAGAGUACCACGAUUUCCUUGACUUCCUGACUACUGUGGAGGAGGAGCUGACAAAGCUGCCAGCUGGUUCAAAACCAAAAAAGAACUAUGAGGAACAAGAAAUUUCCCUAGAAAUUGUGGACAACUUUUGGGGCAAAAUCACUAAAGAAGAAGGAAAAUUGGUUGAAAGUGCUGUCAUAACUCAGAUCUAUUGCCUCUCUUUUGUAAAUGGGAACACAGAAUGCUUUUUAACCUUGAAUGACCUCGAGCUGCAGAAGCGAAACGAUCGCUACUUUGAAAAAGACCCAGAAAAGAAGGGGAUUGAUAUUCUCGACUAUCAUUUUCAUAAGUGUGUGAAAGCACAAGAAUUCGGGCAAUCAAGAAUCAUUAAGUUUGUACCGCUGGACGCCUGCCGGUUUGAACUGAUGCGUUUUAAGACUUUGUAUAACGGGGAGGAUCUUCCCUUUUCCCUGAAGUCUGUAGUGGUUGUCCAGGGGGCGUAUGUGGAGCUUCAGGCCUUUGUCAACAUGGCCCCAUUGGCUCAGAGAUCUUCCUCUGCCAGUUCCUUGAGGUCCUGUGACAACAUAAUGAUACACUUUCCUGUCCCAUCACAGUGGAUCAAGGCCCUCUGGACCAUGAACCUCCAGAGGCAGAAGUCCCUGAAAGCCAAAAUGAACCGCCGGGCAUGUCUAGGGAGUUUACAUGAACCUGAAUCAGAACCUGUUAUACAGGUCACUGUGGGGUCAGCAAAAUAUGAGAGUGCCUACCGGGCCGUGGUAUGGAAGAUAGACCGGCUUCCUGAUAAAAAUUCAAGUCCUGAUCAUCCCCAUUGCUUGUCAUACAAACUAGAACUUGGAUCAGACCAAGAAAUUCCCUCUGAUUGGUAUCCAUUUGCUACUGUUCAGUUUGGAAUGCUUGACACCUGUGCCUCAGGGACAGAGGUCAGGUCUCUGGGUGUGGAGAGUGAUUUCCAGCCACAGAAACAUGUUCAUCAGAGAGCUUGCUACAACAUUCAGGUUGAAAUAGAAAAGAAGAGGAUUAAAAUCGAUGGAGAAGACCCAGAUAAAGCUGGUGACUGCGUAACUCAGUAGAAGUGGCAAGAGUAAAUGAUGACCCACUUUUCAAAUAUGCAAUUGACAGAAACCAUACAAAGAUCUGCUCUGUGCUGUGGAAAUGACUUUUUUAUAGAGGGGUUCGGACAGGUCCAGUGGCCUUGUUUAGAGAAGUGGAGACCUGAAAGCAAACAAUCUGUAUUUUAUGCUUUUGAUAUGUUUGUGCUGCAGGAGUUUCAUCUAAAAUGUGUCUAUAGUUUGUGUGAUGUCUUUGUUUCCCAUUAAAACUCAGAGUCACUGUUACUCAAUGUGUUACCAGACAACCAGCUUGGCUAAAGGGUUUUGGAGUUUUUCAUUACUCAGUGGCUCACUGUUUUGCACUCUGGAUCACCUGGGGGCCACAUUUAUUAUCUUCCAGUCCCGUCUCUUCUUGCUCUUCUUAGCACCUCUACUGGAGGGUGAGGCAUUCAAAGGAGACAUAAAGCGAAAUACUCAAUUUUCCCUCUUGCUCAUCUCUGGAAUGUGGCUAGGUGUAGAAUGAGGCUGAAACCACAGGCUAAAAUGGAGAUGUGGAAGGAUCUGAUUUUGAAUAAUUUAUCUUCCUGUCCUCUUCCUACAUUGGUGAGUAAUCAUCGACUGUAUUUGGUACCUGUCUUUCCCCACAGCGUUAUCAUUUUCAAAAUGUAUUUGUGUUCUGGUGUGUGUUGCAAAGAAGCUAUUUCUGUUGAUAUACAUAUUUUAGUACAAGUCACUAAGACAUACUGCCUUUUGCUUGGAGAGAUUCCUUUCAGAAUGGAAUGGUAUUGGACACUAGUUAAAAUAUUUAUGUAUAUUAGAGAUGAAUUUUUAAAGUUCAUGAAUAUUGUCUCCCAAAAGUACAGGCUCUAAGAAUGUAUUUUUGAUAAAGUAUUAUUUGUAAUUAACAUAAGCCUCUCUUGAGUAGAAGUCUAAAUGAUAUUAUGAUUAUUUUAUGCGUGUACUGCUAUCAUGCUAUUUAUGCUAAUUCUGCUUAAUUUAGAGUAUUUUUCUUUAAAAUAUGAAGAAAAUGAAAGACACUAGAUUAUUUUACCUGAAUUUUUACGAGGUGACAUCUCUAUUCUUCCAAGUCAGGUAAAUGCUUGGUUUCUAAUAAAAAACCAAUAGCAUUAGCAGUUCAAAUUCUGUUUAUAAUUUUCUUUCAAUAUUUACAGUGAAAGGUCAGACUUAAAAUCUAUGAAUUCCAUAUUCUACAGAUUUUUUAGUCCGAAAAAACAAUGCCCUCCAUGUGGUAUUAUACACCUUCAAUUUAUAUUGAAUCUUAAAUAUGAUUAGGAGGCAUAUUUCCCUAUUUACCAGAUUUCUUUUGAGUCAGAGCUGAUGAUAUAAUAAUGUUCUUUCAAACAGCAUUUAUUUGUUGGCCCACAGACUUGAUGUCAUAUGUUUUAUUUAAUAUUGUACUACAUUCAUUUUAAUCUGUUCAAAACAGAUUAAAAACAAACACUUCUGAUAAUCUGUAUCAAUCAGCGGAUUUUAUUGCUCAUCAUUAUUUUAAAAACAGAGAAUGCAAAAGUUGACUGUUAAAAUGAAUUGGUAUUGUUCUUUUAAACUUCGCUUGAUACAGUGCGCAUAAUGUCAUAUGUUGGAGACUCACUGUUGAUUGCAUGGGAGGGGAAAUUUGUGUGUGUGUCACUAGAAAAAAAAUUCCACUAUCUUUCCCCAUCAUCUGGUGUGACACAUUCUGGAGUGACUGCAGUCAUGCUCAGAACAAAUAUGGAGGCAGGCUGGACCUGAUGCUGUUCCAUGAUCCCAGGGAAGUCAGCUGGGUUAAUUACUGCCAUUCCUUUUAAAUCUGUUUUAUGGCAUCCUGCCCGUAAAGAACUCAGAGUCUGAUUCAGAUGAACUUAAUGAAUAUUUACACUUCCAAAUAAUUUCAGCAAAGUGUUCAAUUAAUCACCUCUCAUGCUUCACAGGUUGCCCAGUAUUUGUGGGUACCUCACUGCUGGGGUCAUUUACCCACCAGCCACCCAGCCUUUGGAGCAUCUCAAGAUUCAGUGUUGAAAACGCAGUAACAAAAAGGCUGACUAAAGCUCAAAUUGGUUUCUGCAGCAAUGCAAAGGUUGAUAGCAUUAACAGCAGGGUGCUACAGCAUAAUUGUUAAUUUGCACAUCUAUUAGGAUCUUUAAAUAUUCAUUACUUAGCGUUAAAUUAACAUUCUGUGAAGGGAGGAGAGGCUUUUUAAUACAAUUCUUCUGACCUCAGAAAUGGCAGAAGGUCAAAUGUGACCAUGGUGCUCUAAGUGAAAAAUCAGGUGGAAUUCAUUUAGACUUACAAAUUAAGAAGUGAAAUUUCCUUUGUCAGAAACUAAAUGAUAAUCUUCAAAACAACAACAACCCCCCUGCUUUUAAGGUUGGGGAGGGAGGAAGGAUGUGUGCGAAGGAGGAAAUCCUUUCUAGCGUUUUAAUUUAGGUCAUUUAGAUCAACCCUUUAUGAGUUUGACCAUUUGGGGAUCAGUUGUUUGAUGGAUACAAUGGCAGAGUUCCAAGGGGUUGACCAGUAUGAGACUAGAUGUUCUGCUCUGGUUGCCUUACCAGUCAAAGGAUCAUACUAACCGUGUAAAUGAAUUCAUGGCUUGAUGGUUACCUGAUCAUUUGUACAGGUCUGAAUUUAAGUACAUGUCCUUUUUCUAUGAGAAUAAAAAUAGUUGAUCCAUUAAAAAUGUAUGAAAAUAAUUACUUUGCAGCACAUAAAUAAAGGCUAGCAUUUUGACCUGAUUUAUAUAUUGGGACAGUUUUAGGGUUUUAGUUUCCUCCAUUCUGGAACUGUAUUUAUGAUACAGCUCUUUUUCUUAUAAAUUCAGUUAGAAGGUCUUCCUUAACAAUAAGUAUUACUAUAUCUUACUCAAAAUAUGAUUUUAUGUCAUAGCAAUACAAAUAUAAAACAGGUUGAGCCUUAAUAAUCAUGUAACAAAAUAUUUUGUAGAUUGCAUAUUGAUUUUUUAAAAUUAAAGAUGUAUUUCAAAUGGUU